GCCAGCAUCGUCAAUCCAUCCAUCCGUCCAUCCAUCCAUACUUACCCGCAAUCCCACCACUACUAUCAACAUGCACCUACCCCUGGCCCCCUUGGGCUACUCACAACAAUCCCAACACAACGAACCUCUGCCUCUCCCACCUGGCACCACACCGGUUGACCACACCCAGCUGGCCCCACACCACAUCCACACCGCCACCAUACAUGGCCGGCAUGCCGUGUCGCGCCGCCUCCUCCCUUAUAGCCUGCCUCACCACCUCAUGCAGACCCACACGCCGGCACCCCACACCCCCCACCACAAAGCACCCCUCCGCCAGCUGCUCCACCCGUCCCUCGUCGGCCGUCACAUCCAGCGAGGCAGCCAGGCUGACGAAGUUGCUGAGUAUGGUGUGCGAUCGACGCCCCAGCGGCCCUGCGCCACGCCCGUUGCCGAAGUACUUCUCGAUCGGGUGAGUGUCGGCGAGGAAGGAUGCGAUGCGCCAUGAGUAGAUGGGGUCAUUGAUGGGGAAUGGGGGAGGGGGAGUGUUGGGGUGGGCGAGUCGGGGGCUGGGGAGGGUCUCGAGCACUCGCGUGGCCGACCAAGCUGGGCGAAGCGCACUGUCGAUGGCCUCGGUGAUGAGUUGCUGUACAUCGGCACUGAGGUACUGCAAGUAGGCGUUGCUCAUCCACAUGGCUCGCGCGCCUUGGGCUGGCGGCAGCGCCAUGGCUGGCACAGUCAGCAGCGGCGGCACGGCUCCAAGCUUGAUCAGCUUCAUCAGCUUCUGGUGCCCGAGGUAGUCAUUCGCGGCGACCAGUGCCAGCGGGGUGUUCCCGUCUAGAUUGCUGUCAUUGAUGUCCUCUGCCGCGCCGCGCUCCAGCAACCAGUCGAUGGUCGCAUUGAUGGUCCUCGAGGAGCCCGGGGACGCCGCAGCAGCGUGGUGGAGUGGGUAGGACUGGCUGGCGUCAUGUGUGUGGAUGAUGCCCCGGCCGCCCCCCUUGCUAUACAGCAGCUCCAGUAGCCGCAGCUGACACGACGCCUCACCCAACGGCCGUCUGCAGAAGGUGUGGAUGGGAUGACGGCCGUUGUCGUCCAUCUGGGUGGCGAGUCGGGGCUGGAGGCGGAUCAGCCGCUGUGCGAUCUGCAGCUUCUCGUGCGGCUCCAUCCAGCUGGAGGCCACCUGAUGGAGCGUGUUCUGUCUGAGGACUGGGGAAUGGUCCAACAGGACGAUAACCACGCCAUAAUUACCCUGACAGGCAGACAGGCAGGCAGGCAGACAGACAGCAGAUCAUGACGGCUGCACUCGUCCCCAUCAUCCCCCCCCACACAUGCUAUGUCCUCACCUGUGCAAGAGCCAGCUGCAGUGGGUCGCCACGGUUGACAUCGCUACCUCCAGCGAGGAGCGCCCGAAUGACGCCCGCCAUGUGUGGUUUCUCCUCGUGAUACUUGACGGCCAACAUGACCAGCGUCAUGUGCUCCGGUUGCUCCCGGCUGAGGCUCGCGCACACUCACGAUCGUCUUGGUAUCGGCCCCCUGGCUGAUCAGCCGCCUGGCACCAGCCUCAUCUACUUCACCAGACGCCAUGGCAGCGACCAGCUGCCGUGUGGCGGUCGGCAUGUCUGAUGGAAUGGCGACGAUGAUCUCAUGCUGCCCGCCAUACAGAUCAAACACGCUCUCGACUGUGUCGGAGGGACCACAGACAGAUGGGCACCUGCAAAUGCAAAUCAGAAGAGAGCAAUCAAUGAAUCGACGAAGCGAUGAGUCAAUGCAUUCAUCGGCCGAAGAUGUGGUGUGGUUUCCUGACCGACCAUUCUCGCGGCUGCUGACUCCUGGCGUAGCGCAAAGCCAUGCUGCGCUGGUAGUUGGGGACGAAGCAAGUAGCACCGGGAUACCAGGGCCUCAUCUUGCCCAAGAAGUCCUUCAUCG